GUACUCCCCUACUCUUCUGGAACUGAAAGAAGCGAUGGCAGUCGCCUUACCUCCUACCUGUAAAUAAGAGCACCUGGCCAGAGACCACCGCUGUGUGGUUACGCUUCAGAUCAGAGAUCAGUUUGAUAUUUUAACAAUCUGACAGUGAAAACCAACAACACAGGAGUAACUUAUGACUGAGGUCACACAAAGUUGUGCAUUGUCAAGUAAUAUCCCAGCAGGCUCUAUGCAGGUGACGCCAGCACAAAAGUCCGCUGAAUCAUGGUGUCAGCAGGAGCAAGCAGAAUGGGAAAACGUAAACAAAUUAUUAGUGCGACAUGGCUUAAAACCUGUGUGUCUUGCUAAACCAAGAAACAGCGGAAAUCUGUCAGAUAUGAUUGUUUUAGAUAAGCAGUCUUCACUGGGGAUAAGACUUGCAUUGAAAACACUGGUGGAUGACACUGAACGUCAACAGAAAAUGAUGCAUGGUCUUAUAGAGGCUAAUCGCCAGCUUAGGGAUGAUAUACGCCAGGAGAGAGGUCGGGCAUGUCGACAGGAACAACGAGCCAAAGAGUUGGAAAAUGUUGUGGAGAACAUCAAAUCCAAAAUUUGUCAGCUGGAAGAUGAGUGUAUAGCUAAAGUUUGCCAGCAACAGAAUCAAGUGAAAGAACUUCAGAAAGUUCAGCAAGCUUCACAGACAAAGUACCAUCACCAAAAUGAAAAGUUGCAUGAACAGGAAGAGACUAUUGCACGUUUGCAGAAGGAGCUCCAUAAGGUUGGGAUGGAAGAGCAGCAGCGUGUUGCCACACAGAACAAAAUAUUCUGCCAGUUUUGCAAGCGAGCCCCAAAGUCUCUCUUGGAUCAACAGUUUCUUAGUCUAAUUGAUUAUUAUGAAUCUCAGAUUAAUCAGAUGAAAAAGGAGCUAAGCAGAUAUAAAAAAGAUACAUAUCAUGUACAGGGAGAAGGAAAAGGCAAAGAAGAAUUCUUAAAUCUAGAUGCCACACCUAACUACAGAGCAUUGCUUACGUCUUUCCAGAAUCAGCUCAUUGAGGCAAAAGCCAGAAAUGAACAACUUAUGUGUGAAAAUACAGAUCUCAAGAAAGAUUUGGAAAUAAGACCAACUAUACAGGAAUUAAAACUUUGCAAGCAGCAAGUGAAGAAAUUGGAGAAAAUGCUAAAGAAAAAUAUCAAAUCAUAUGGGAUUAUUAGGGGAGAAAAGAUAAAAGCAAACAGUGAAUCUGAGUGUGUGACAGGAGAAGAUCAGCUACAAGCAGGUUGCAGGAGAUACUUACAGGUGCUGUCCAAGAUUGAUUCUGUUAUAAGUAGUCCAAGAGCUCCUCUGGUAAUAUAUAAAUGGAGUAAAGGUCCAGUCCAAAAUUACAUGAAAGAGAAUGGACAAGAAUGUGGUUUUGAACACCUUCCUCCUACAGUGGAAAUGUGGGCAGACCAGCUAAUGUCCCUAAAGGACUUGCAUAGAUCCCUGAGAAAGCUAUCAGUGGAGUUGGUACCCUGGCACACUAUAGACACACCUAACAUCACUGAAUGCGUUCGAGUUGAAGACCUACAGUUCAUAGUAGAUACAAUCUUGGAAGAAGUAGAAAAUAAGGAAAAGAACGGCCAGAUGCCUUCGUUACAAACAUUGUACGCAAUUGUGUCUCACUUCCAAAAGUUGUUUGACGUGACUUCUCUGAAUGGAGUUUAUCCGCGAAUGAAUGAAGUUUACACAAAGCUUGGAGAAAUGACCAAUGCUAUGAGAAACCUCCACGAGCUCUUAGAACUAGAUCAUUCAGCCCCACCCACUGUACUGGUGAACACUGUUGGAAAGCUAUGUAAGGUAAUUAAUGAAAAUGUGACUGGACAGGUAGAGCAGCUGCUGGGGACCCAAGACAUCCAAAGUAUUAUCAACAAACUGGAAGAACAUGAAGACUUCUUUCCAGUAUUUCAAGCACUUAUUCAAGAUUUACUGUGUGUUUUAGAGAUCAGUAAUCUAGAUGACAUUGUACCGGCUGUGCACAGUCUGAAGUUGCUAGCUCAAUGAAGAUUUUAAAUGUGUAAAACUCAGCUGUAAGUAGGACUAAUUAUUAAUACAUUUACAGCUACCUCCAGCCUAUUUGAUCUUGAUGUACAGUUUUAUAAUGUUUUGAAUAAAAUAAAAGUUGAAUAAAAACUUUUACUGCUGCACUUAGUCCAUGACCAGGUUAGGGAAGAGAUCAUGGUCCUGAAAGCAUAAAUAUAGUCAGAAAAAAGAAGGAACAGGAAACUUAGCUUCAGUCCACCCUUCUCUACACCAUCCCUGGGUGGAUUUGGUAGAUCCAGAAGCGAAAGGAUUAAUAGUUUCUGUUGUAAAUUUUAGUACAUGUAGAACUAUGCUGCAGAUGUUUAAAGCCCUUAACUUCUACUCAAAAGUAGAAUCCCUUCACUGCAGAAAAUACUGUAAUAGAAUUCAAGCAUAAGAUCCAGUUCUUGCUGUAUGAAUUAGUGACUUAUUUAUUUGAUGCUUACCCCGCUAUUGGACUCAUAGUUGGCUGCUGUAAAGGCUUUUUGGGAUGACAGUCAUAGUUCUGGGAGCAGACGUUCUGUGAUUCAGCCAGACUGUGGUAAGUCGGUAAUAUCUUACAUUAGAAAACAGAUAUUUGAAACUUACUAGCUUUCAAAUGCAGAGUAGAAAGCUUGCACUGGUCUUUUGAGCCAGCUGUGCUUCUGGGAGCCAGAUCUUGGCUCAGGUUGCAUUUGUCUCACAAGCAAGACUAAAACGAUCAUUUUUAAACAAUUUAUUAUACAUUUUGAAACUUUAAAAAUAUACUGAAUUCCUGUAAGUAUUUUGGUACAUACCUGACCCAUGUUUAAAUAAAAAUCUGUUAAAGAUAACUACAGUUUUAUAAGUGUACUGUGUAUUAUUAGCAAGUUUCACAAGACAAAGUUCAGUAAUAAAAUUUUCAACAUUAAGGCAUCAGAUUAAAACCCUGUUGAUAAUUUGGCACAGUUUCAUCCUGUUUUGGUGGCUCAUUACAGAUAUAUCUCUUUCCAGAUAGCACCUAUAAUCAGCUUUAUGAAAAGCUCCUGGACAGUUAAGCUAUUACAAUCUGAGUCUAGAUACUAUUUCUUUUUGAACCAUUAUCUUGUAAUGGAGUGUUUUGAAACUCUGUUCUGCACCUGCCGUAGUUUAAUGCA